GUUGGAUUUUACAACAGCAUCGACGCGAUUUAGCGAUCAUAAUCAAGGACCGGAAUUAUCCGUUUAGAAGGUACGUCUUUAUGGCGUAGGCUAGAUUUUGUGUUUGUGACAAUGCAGACAUGUCGACGAGUAGAAGCUGAUAGCUUUGUGGGUAGGCCUACUGGGACCUAAGCUUACCUGUUAGCCUAGGCUACUGUAUAUCGGCCUUCCUUUCUGUCAACGUGUCCUCCACCAUCAGUGCACCAUGUCAUCCGAUAUAUCAGAGAGCCUCAUGCCUGAAGAGUCCAGCCCUGUCACCGAUGGAACAACCAAACUGAAGAAAAAACGUCUGUCUUUCUGGCAACCCGAUCCUACAUCUGCGACAAGUGAUACAAAAGUCUGUGGGGAGGAAGAGAAAGGUCUCCUGAAAGACGUCAGUUUGGUGGGCCUUCUGGAAACACAAAGCAAGGAGCAGAUUUCAGCAUCGCCUGGUGCUGGGACCAUGGGCGAGUUGACCUGCUUGUCAACAGACCAGCCACUCUCUGAUGAGCAGCAGGAUGCAUUGAAGGCUGCUUACAAGCAUUGGAAGGUAUUACUUCGACAAGACCAGACGAGUUCCGAAUCCGAGCAGAACAACACGUGUGAUGACGAUGAUGAUGAGGCUCAGAACUUCGUUUCAGUCGUGUCGGAUAGGCGAAAAUUCUCAAUGUGUCUGCAAGGUGACCCCGAGGCUGAGCCUUAUGUCAAAAGUUAUAGAACCCUAAACCGUAUUCUGCAGGCCGAGAGCAGUCCCAGUUUUGCAGAAGAGGGGUUCAUGCGGUUUUAUCAGAGAAAAUCCCUGAAUUUUCUGCAUGGAGUACCCCAUGAGGAUAACAGCCACGUGAUCACCUAUUAUGCCAAAGGAGCUCACCUGGUGGGACUGCAGUCCAGACAGCUGCUGAAGUACAUCCUGCCAGAUUUGAGCGGCGAUGUGACGAGCCCUUAUUCCAAACGGCCAUCUCUGACUUCUAACUACAGGCCACGCUGCAAAUUUAUGUCAUCACCAAAGAUUCAGAAUAUAAAAUCCAAUAAAAGCAAGAAGACUGUGGAGAUAGAGGACCUCAUUAGAAAGCUAACAGUCAAACGAGAAGGGGAGAAGACUAAAGUACUGAUCACCCCUGUGAAAAUGAAGGUCCAUCUGAGGGUGAAGAACAGAGAAGUGCUGACCUAUGAUGACAUUAACCAGAUCAGAAGCAAGACUAAGGCCGGAGUGAAUUCGUACCUGUGCAGCCUGACACGAUGCAAGAGGUGGGACACGGUGCAGUCGUGGGGGUCCCUACAGAAGUUUUAUCCCAACCUGUCCGAUAGCGCCAACUUCCCCGAGACCUUCAGCACCUACAGCUGGAGCUGGAGCGGCCGCAGGAACAUGGUGGAGAUCUGCGAGUUGGUGGAGAUCAGCGAGCCGGCCGCAACCCCACCCACCCCAGUCUCCUCUGCGCCAAACAAAUCAGCGUGACCUGCCACACCUCAUCUCUGUGGAGACCAAGCCAAAUAUUCUUCUUCUUUAUUUCAGACUCAGAGGAAUCUAUA